AUGGAGCCUGGCCGCAGCCGGGGCAAGCCACGCAUGCAACUCGUUUAUGUCAACACCUUCGGCUCCCACCGCUGUGGCUCUGUCAUCCGCUAUGGCAGGGGGUGCCGGCAGGCUGAGGGGGGCGAGGCCAGGCCCCCGCUUUCCCGGCCGAGCCCCGCCGGGGGACUGAGGGCUGCCCCGGCACCAGGAGACAAGGCCAGCCCUGGGCCGUCUGCCACCGGUGGCAGGGCGCAGGCGGUGGGGAGCUGUGGCGUGGUGAAGCCUGUCAGCCGCCGCCACGGUGACCUUCGAGAGCCUGACACCUUUGACUUUCCCUUCCCUUCAAGAAAUGUUGAUAAAGUAAUUCAACGAAAGAAGAAAAAGUCCAAAGUCUGGCUUAAGGUUUGGAAAGUAAUUUCAAAAAUGCUUAAAGAAAAUGAAAAGUUCAGAAGUCGACUCUUGACUUGCAGUCAGUUUAAUGGAGAAGGCAAUGAUCUGAACCAAAGUUCACAGAAUGAGGCAUCCUACCUGGACAGGGAGGAGUCCAUCUUUGGCUGGGUAUAGGAAGAAAAUAAAGGAAGAUUCAACCCAAAAGAACAUAUAAAAGUAGUGAGUGGUUUAUUUUGAUCU